AAAAAAAGAAAAAAAAGAAAAAUCCGCAGUCAAUACCAAAGAAGUAUAACAAAGGAAGAGCCAUUGUCAAAGGUUUCUCUUCUCGUUUAAGUUUUCUCACACCCAUUAAAAAGAAGAGAAAACUUUGAAUGAGCUGAGAAUCUCCAGGAAUUCCCAUUGAAUGGAUUUGUAGAUAUCUGUUGUAUGUGUGCAAAUUCAUUUGACCGAAAAUGGAGGUGGAAGAAUGUAUAUUAUCGGACCAGGUGCGUGCCAAUGGCCACACUAUGUCUGUGACUCUCUCUUCCGGUGGUCAAUUGCAAUGGGGUGAUCGGCGGCUGGACAUGGAGAAACAGGUGCUCGGUUUCUCUGUUGAGGGAUUGAAGAUCAAAAUCAGAUCUGCUGUGGAGGCCCCCGCUGGAAUCUGCUGCUCUAGCGGAAAAUCUAGCCUGAUCAGAAAGACCUUCACCCUCGAGCUACAAUCGAAUAGUUCUGUUCACAUAUGGAGUCAGAAGAUGCAGGAUUACCUAGAUUCUCUUGCUAGGCCAAAGAGGUUAUUCAUAUUUGUGAACCCUUUUGGAGGGAAGAAAUCAGCGUCGAAGAUUUUCGUGAAUGAUGUGAAGCCUUUGCUUGAUGAUGCCAAUGUCGAGUACACUGUACAAGGUAGUAAAUAGGCUAAGUGAACUUUGCUAGUAAUUUCUGAAUGGUAUUAAAGCUAUUGAACUAAUUGUUAUCUUAUAAUAUGUUGUGGAUCUUAGUAGGUGUUAAAUGGACUGCUCACACGGGAGGAUUGGAGCAAUGCUAUACAAAUACCUCUUGGAGUAGUACCUGCAGGAACUGGAAAUGGCAUGGUGAAGUCACUUUUAGAUUCGUGCGGUGAGCCUUGUGCAGCUUCUAAUGCUACCGUUUCUAUUAUACGAGGGCAUAAGUGUGCAUUGGAUGUAGCUACUAUUUCGCAAGGACCCACCAAGUUUUUCAGCCUGUUAAUGCUGGCAUGGGGUCUUGUGGCUGAUAUUGAUAUUGAGUCCGAGAAAUAUAGGUGGAUGGGAAGUGCUCGGUUAGAUUUCUAUGCCCUUCAGCGAAUAUUCGGGCUUAGAAAAUACAAUGGCAGCAUACUAUUCGUCCCGGCACCUGGAUUUGAAUCUUUUGGAGAACCUUUUGAUUUAGAGAAUCGAAUAAUUGUUGACAGGGAAAGUGGCAUUAAAAUUGAUGAUGGGCCCGCUAAGCCUCAGGAAUGUGGUUAUCAGGGUCCCAAAUUCGAUAUAAAGAUGUUAAACUGGCGAAAGAUUGAUGGGCCUUUUGUUUCAAUAUGGCUUCAUAAUGUGCCUUGGGGUAGUGAAGAUACUAUGGCAGCACCUGAUGCUAAGUUUUCGGAUGGUUAUCUCGACUUGAUAAUGAUUAAGGAGUGCCCCAAGUUAUCCUUACUUAAGAUGAUGACCGAGUUGAGCAGUGGAGAACACGUCAAAUUCCCAUUUGUAUCUUACCUUAAGGUGAAGGCCUUUGUCUUGGAACCGGGCCCACGAACAAUCGACACAAACAAGGAGGGAAUUAUAGAUGUCGAUGGUGAGGUUCUUGCCAGAGGUAAAGAGACAUAUAAAUGUGAAGAGAAGACACUAAUGAGGUACGACAAAUUACUCAUUAAAGUGGAUCAAGGGCUGGCUACAUUCUUUUCUCCUAAAUAGCACGAUGAGGUUGGUUUUGCUUCUGCAAGUUAAUGUGUACUCUUCUGCGUUUUAUCACGAGACCCUUUUCAAGAAGUUCGAUGAUAUAUGUGGGCUUUAAUUUUAAACAUUUGUCGAUAUAUUUUCUUUGAUCGAAAGUUGUUAUCUUUACUCGAGUGCAGUGCGAAGAUUACUUGAAUGUCAUACAAGAAUGGUGGAAUAAGUGCUUGUUAGGAAAAAAGGAAUACAUUUUCAAAAUUGUGAGUGAGUUCAAAAUUUUUAGAGUUACAUGUAACUGUUUGUUUUUAACCGCGAAUUGACCCAGCCCGGUGGGUCGACCCGAGAUCCGGAGUUGGAAUCUAUUAACAAAAGACCCGGUCAUUGACCAGGUUUUAUCAAUGGUUUUGCAUCCUGCCAGAAAAUAAAAUUCUGGCAGUCAAAUUCAAAUUAAC